CGCCGAGGAUGCCCUGUUGCGCGACGACGACGACGACGCUGUUCCUCCUGCACUUGCUUUCCACGGCCUGCGUCACAAAGCGCGCGACGAACCAGAUGUACCUCCUCGUGGGACGCGCUCACGGAUAAUCGGCGAGCAGCAGGAGGCAUGAGACAGGUGGUGGUGCUGGAGCCCGCGGGCAGCGUCCUCGUGAUAAGGCAGCACUCGUUGGCCGGGCUACCGCCGGUGGUAAACGGCUGCUCGGCCCAUCACCAUCACCACCACCACCACCACCAUGACCACCACCAUCACCCGGCCAUCGCCGCGAAGACGCAAACUACGACUACGACCACCACGACUACGACCACUCGUCGUUGCAAUGCCCUUGGCCCUCCUUCGGCCAACACGAGCCCCACCGACCACAAUCAGAACCGAAUCGUCGUCGUGCGCUCAUCCACUGGCCUACAGCAACCCGUUGCCGUUAAGGCAGCGAGUGCGACGGCUAAGAGCGACGAGAGCAACAACAACAACAGCCUCGGUGGAAGCGACGCGGCCAAGCCGAGCGUCGGGGAAAAACAAGCGUCGUUCGACAGCGGAACCGAGGAGCCGGCGGGCGGUGAUCAACAGCAGAGCAAGAGCACCGAGGUCACCGUCGUCCCCGAGAAGAAGAACGACCCCGGCACCACGGACGUGCCCGGCACUGACGGAGAUCCGAUUAAGCUGCCGGAGAAUUUGGAGACCCUACCUCGCGCAGAGCACUUUCCCACGCAGAGGCAUCGAUGGAACACCAACGAGGAGAUCGCGGCGAUACUGAUAAGCUUCCAGAGGCACGCGGAAUGGCAGAGCCGGGAGGUGAAGGUGAGACCGAGGAGCGGCUCGAUGCUGCUCUACUCGAGGAAAAAGGUUCGCUAUCGGCGAGACGGUUACUGCUGGAAGAAGCGAAAGGACGGGAAAACCACGAGGGAGGACCACAUGAAGCUAAAGGUCCAGGGCGUGGAGUGCAUAUACGGCUGCUACGUGCACUCGGCGAUCCUGCCGACGUUUCACCGGCGCUGCUACUGGCUCCUCCAGAACCCGGACGUUGUGCUCGUCCAUUACCUGAACGUGCCGUACCCGGAUGGUGACGCGAAACUGGCCGCCCUGCCCCCGUGCCUGGCCUUGCCACCCGACAAAAAGGAGUGGACGCGCGACGAGCUCGCCUCCCAACUGCGGCCCAUGUUCCUCGGGAGCGAGGAGCCCGAGCAGCCCGCCAACGGCCAACUCCACCAUCACCACCAGCAGCAACAACACCAGCCCCACCCGGUCGACAUGAUAGUCUCCCAACUGUUGGACAGGCAGCAGCGCGCCUCCUCGGCCGGCUCGAGCACUGCUGCCCAACUCGCCCCACGGAGGCUCACCCCCGACAAUCAGGUCUCCUCGACUACCGGAGGUCAACAGCCGAGCACGACGGCCUCGACGACUCCGCGGGUUUACUCGAGACAUUCCCACUCGACUAGCACUCCGGGCCAACAGCAGCCGGCUCCUCUAGUAUUAAGUUUGCAGCAGAUCCAGGGCGGCGGUGGCCUCCUCAUCCUCAACAGCCAGCCUUACCACCACCAGCAACAACAGCAGUGCGCCCAAGCCCAGAACCAGCAGGUGGACAUGCACCAGGACCAACACCACCACCACCACCACCAACAACAACAACAACAACAACAACACCAACAGCAGCAGAGGGGCAUCGUUCAGCAGCAGACGAGCAUCGACCGCGAGCAGCAGAGCCAGCAACACGACAUUGACUCCAAGGACGGCAGUAGCCACGGGUAUAUAUGCGCAUCCACGUACGUGGUGGGCGGGGCGCAAGGGGCUGGCAAUUGCGCGGCUUCGGACUUUGCCGAGUCGUUGGAGCUGUGCAGCCAGGAGGACAUCCAACGGACCCUCUCGGCCAACAUGGUCCACCCGUCGCCGUCUCCCUCCCCCGCCGACAACAGCAUGAUCGACCCGAUGGACUUUAUCGACUCGUCGGACGACGUGCUCGUCAACCUCGACGUCUUCGACAUGUUCAGCGACCUGCCCGAGCUCCACGACUUUGAGCCCGAGCAGCCCGACAAGCCCGACGACCCGAGGAUCGCCGAGCCGGGGCGGGACGGGCACUGCCGGCAGACGAGCGCGGCCCGCAUCACCGAGUACAGUCCCGAGUGGAGCUACACGGAGGGCGGCGUCAAGGUGUUGGUGGCGGGCCCGUGGACCGGUAACAGCGGCUCUCAGUCGUACUCGGUGCUGUUCGACAACGAGCCGGUCGAGGCGUGCCUGGUGCAGCCCGGAGUGCUGCGCUGCCGUUGUCCGGCUCACGCGGCCGGACUGGCCUCGCUGCAGGUUGCCUGCGACGGCUUCGUCGUCUCGGACAGCGUGGCCUUCGAGUACCGCAGGCCACCCCCGAGCGAGCCCAAUCCCGAGAAAGCUCUGCUCGACCGGCUGGCCGACGUCGAGACGAGGCUACAGGGGCCCGGGCCACCCUCACCCGCCGCCCAACUCGAGGAGAGGCUCGUGGCCUACUGCCAGGACGCAACGGUAAGGCCAUGGCGAUCGAGCGCUGAGCCCUUGCAGUCCGGGGGCCCGACGCUGCUGCACCUUGCCGCGGGCCUGGGCUACUCGCGGCUGGCCUGCGCCCUGCUCCACUGGCGCGCCGAGAACCCCAGCCGCGUCCUCGACGCCGAGGUCGACGCUCUGCGCCAGGACUCGGCUGGCCUCACGCCCCUCGCCUGGGCCUGCGCCGCUGGCCACGCCGACACCGCCAGGAUACUCUAUCGGUGGAACGCGAUGGCACUCCGGGUGCGGGAUUGCCGGAGCAGAAGCGCGACGGAGCUGGCGGCGGAGAAUGGGCACGCCGACAUCGCCGAGGAGCUGAAUCUGCUCGAGGCUCGCAGGCAGGACGAGGGACUUUUCUUGAAGCCGGCCAGUCCCAGUCCCAGGAGGCCCUCCCAGGACAGUGGACUCGAUCUCGCUCUCUGUGGUUCGCCGCUCCUGGACAAUAUGGAGCUGUUGCAGGACGACGAUUCGUCGUUAGGCCUCGGCAUGGAAAGCACCCCAAGCCCUUCGGAGUCCGUAGGGGAGGAGGACGCGAGGGUCCUGACCUUGGCCGAGCAAAUAAUAGCCGCCCUACCCGAGAGGAUCAAGCGGGAACAGUGCGAUCCCCGCUCGCCUUCCCCGCCGCCAACGCCGCUCGAUGCCUCCCUCAUGGAACAGAUGGUGAGACAAAGUUUCCCCCUGGACACCGGCGAGCUGUUCGACUCGUACCGCGAGUGCGGCGGUGGCGCGGCCUCAGUGAGCGACGCCGACGCCGAAGCCUCGCCGUCCUCGCCGUCGAACAGCAGCAGCUGCUUGACCCCGGACUCGCCCUCGCCACCCCCGACCACGGCGGACUUUUGCGAUUUUCUCCAGCUGCAGCUCGAGCUCGACAGCGGCGUCGGCUCGGCGAGCUCCGUCGGCAGCAGUUGCUCCACCGACAAGGUCAUCGGCAGCGCGGCCCUCGCCCACCGCAACGACGACGAUGACUCGUCAGCAGACCUCAGUCGGCUGACCCUCUCGGACCGGGAGCAGCGGGAGCUGUACCACGCGGCUCGCAUGAUACAGAAGGCGUACCGCAACUACAAGGGCAGACAGAGGCAAGAGGAGCUCAAGAGGAACGCCGCGGUCAUCAUACAGCAGUUUUACAGGCGGCACAAGCAGUACGCGUACAACAGGCAAGCGACAAAAGCCGCGCUGGUGAUACAGAGCAACUACAGGAAUUACCGGGCGAGACCGGGUCCGGCCGGCAGCGCGCGACAACAGGCGGCGAACCAGCAGAAGGCGCACCAGGCCGCUCGCACGAUCCAGCAAUUUAUGCGCCAAUCGAAAAUCAACGGCCUGUCGUGGGACGACUCGCGACCGACUGCAGAACGCCAGGGCCGUCGAAAACGGGAGCGGGAGGCAGGCGCCGGGUGCCACUUCCAGGGUGGCUGCUGUCCCCCCAAGCUCGCGCUCAUCUAGCCCAGGUGCCAGCUUGGCAGCCGAGCCGACCACCUCCUAGUCAACUGCCUGCACCGGCACAAUGAUGCGGCUACCACCGGAGAUCACCACCAGCGUCAUUCUCGAGCAGCUACGGUCGACCGAUGGCCCAGCUUGGACCGCUAAUCCAUGCGUCUCUUUUCUCUCUCUCUCUCUUUCGAUCUUUUUCCGUCUUUUAUAUAUAUAUAUAUACCCACUCGCUUGUUCCGUACUUCCCAUUGUUCGUCUUCAUUUAGUUUACGAAUUCGGGCUGAUUGGUCCAUUUUUUUUUUUCAUACGAUCCGUGGGUAAAUUAUUUCCAUCGAUCGGCAGUCGCGCGAUUCUCGCUAGAGAACGAAUAAUGAUUAUAAUGAAGAAUAAAAAAUAAAAUAAAUAAAUAAUAGACUGAUUAGGAUCAAACGUUAUCUCGCACUUGAAUUUCAAUCACUGCAACUAAACGUAUCUUCUCUCUCUCUUUCUCUCGUGAAACGUUGUAUAAAUAUAUUAUAUUACAUGAAAACGACUAAACGAGUUAUAUCGCGCUUUAGCUCGAGUACCUUGUAUUUUGCUGCAGCAGCGCGUUUGUAUAGGUGAAACGAAUAUUACAUAAAUAUAGCUGAGCUUGGAAAACAUCAACACCGACGUUGACGUAAUAUGUGCGCUCGUAUCAUUACUUAUUGAUCCGCUUUAAUCAAAGGGAUGAGUCUUUUGUUUCUCGUAUCAUUUUCGACUUUUUCUUCUUCGUAUUUUUCUAUAAAGCGAUAAAACCGAUAGAUCGACCGCACUUUUGAGGAUAGUAACUUUUUUAUACGGAUUAAAACAAAAAAGGAAAAAAAAAAAAAAAAAAAACAAUACACACGUGCACGACGGUAGUAUGACCAUAUAUGUUGUCGUACGACACUAGAGUAUCUACGUCAUAUAUUACACUUUUCUCCCUUACUUCGUCUUCUACGUUCCUAUACUCUUUUCCUCCUCCUUCGUCAAAGGUGGGAGGGUCGAGUGAAAGGGAAUUUCGGUAUAGGUGUUACUCUUUACACGAUUAUCCUUCAAGUAGUUAGUCCCAACCGAGCCAAGAGGCGCGCGUCGAGCUAAUAAACUCUCGCACCCUCGUCGGCGAGGCGGAUAAUGAUAAAACUUACAAAAAAAAAAAAAGCGUAAUUCAAGUACCUGACAAAUUUAGUGACUUGGGGCGGAACAAAGCCGCGAUCGUUUUUUUUCUUUCUUUUUUCUUUUUAUUCCCGCGAGCUACGGUGUAAAUAAUUGCGAGCGAGUCGCCAGAUUUUUCUUUUGCUUUGGUACGAUUUUUUUUUUUCUUUUUCGUAGUCGAAACAGGUUGAGUGGAAAAAAAUCGACUACAGUCGUCGCUCGGUUUGCGGAGUCGAUUAUAGUAGAGGUAAUUUGUAUACUGUGCGAAGACGCAUCCCUUUGAACGGAAGUGACGCGACGAAGAAAAACCGAUUCGUAGCUUUUGUCAAAAAUGUUUCAAAGAGCAGUUUGAUCUAUGAAGAGAAGAAACAUCGCGCCGAGGGCACUUGACGUUGCGUAACAUCCAAGUCGAACGAGUGUGUUCAAAAUACGUUUGUAAGAUAAUCGAUGUGAAAGACAAAACGUUUUUUUUUUUUUUUUUUUUUUCUACUUUUUGUGUCGUCGAAAGACUUGACACACACUUGUUUUUUCUUUGCGUGUAGUGAUAUUCUUAUAGAAAAGGCAAAAUGUCGUGUUUUAUCAUUUGUAAGUGAUGUGAUGCAUUCGUUUUUUACGUCCAGACGAUUGUUAGCGAGCAGUUGGUAUUUUAUAUGAUUCAUAGUUUAAUUGUUAAUUAGCGUGUAAUUUGACGUUUACAUUGUUCGAUUGUUGAAUUUAAAGAGUAAUUUAUACCUGCACGAUUCAUUAUUACUUUGUUACGAGGUUGUGCCUGAUGUAUGGGGUGGUUUUCUCUUGAGUGGAGAAACUAGAAAGAAAAAAA